GAUAUUCAGUCAUACAGGAACAGGCCUCUGACAAAUUUAAAUGAUCUGUGUUUGAUAUAUGCACAUACUACUGCUGAUGGGAGAUAUAGUAUGUCGAGCCAUGACUUAGAUUUUGAUGAUGACAUUAUGGGAUUAUGUAUAGAUUUAAACUUGAUGGAGCCUGCCUCUGUUGUCAUAUAUUUAUGCUUGUGGGGUAGUCGAGUUUCAGGAGGAUGGACAACAAAAGAAAGGGAGAAAAUGUUUUUGUAAUAUUUUUAUUACUCAGGCAUGUCACUUUGGUGAAGAUGGAGCUCUACAUAUCUGGGAAAUAGAUGAAAACUUAAAAGAUCUACGAUAAAGAUUUUAUUCAGACAACAUAUUAAGUUGUGGAGAUGAGAAACACUUUUCCUGCCUUGACCUAUUUUCAGGGUCAAGCAUCACUACCUGCUGUCUACCCAUUCAGGAUGAAAAUAAAUCUGUUUUUGUGAAUGUGAUCUAAUCCAGCAUUUUCUAGCAGAAAAUGAGCUUGAGAUGCAUUAACUGAUGAAUCAUGGGAAGAUUUCCCCACCCCUUUUUCUAGAUGUUAGAAUUAUUCACCAUUGACAAUGGUGUGCCAAGUUGCUUAGAUGCAGCAGCACCCUCGUGUCAUAUUUAUUUCUUCUUGUAAUAAGGAAGUAUUUUCAUCCUUAACUCUGCAAUGUUUGGUUGUUUAAAAAACCAUCAUAUCUUGGUGAAUUGUAGUUAUUAACAUUACUGUUGUAGGUGUUGGCAUGAGUGGCCUUGCCCCUGUGAAUAAAGAGAGUUCAAGAACAGGCUGGACUCUUGCUAUGGAUCAGUACCUUGUGAAACUUAUGAUUGACCAAGUCAGAAAAGGCUGCAGGAUAAAUGGUACUUUCAAGAAGCAAGCAUGGAAAGAUAUGAUCACUCUCUUUAAUGCUGAAUUUGGCUAUCAACAUAGGAAGAGUUUCUUGAAACAUCGCUAUAGGAAAUUGAAAACAUACUAUAUUGAUUUAAGGAUUCUACUUGAGGCCAGAGGCUUUUCAUGGGAUGAGAAACAACAAAUGGUCGUAGCUGAUGAUGGUGUGUGGGAUGAUUAUAUCAAGGCAAAUCCAGAUGCCUAUGCAUAUAGGAAAAGGAUCUUGCUAAACUUUUUAGAUUUGUGUUUGAUCUACGAUGAUACGAUGAGCAAUGGGCAUUGUGAUCAUAUGCAGCAAUUGGAGCAUUUUGAAUGUGACAUCUCACCUCAGGAUACUGAGGAAGAAAACAUCCAAUGCCAUGCUGACAGUGAUACUUCAAGCAUGCACUGGUCUUUUGAAAUGGAUGGUUAUUUUAUUGAUCUCAUGCUGGAGGCUGUGGGUAAAGUGAAGAAUUUUGAUUACAAUGAUGAUCUUGUGUGGACUAACAUGAUAUCAUCGUUCAAGGAAAGAUUUGGACUGGUACUUAACCAAGAUUCUUUUAGGAGGCAUUUCAAAAGUUUGGAGAAGAAAUACUAUGAUUUGAAAAAUAUUCUCGAGCAGAGAGGAUUUUGGUGGGAUGAAAGACGACAUUCAGUAAUUGCAUACGAUGACACUUGGGCUGCAUAUAUUAAGGAACACCCACAUGCAAAAUCAUACAGAACUGGUCCCAUACCUAGCUAUAAUGAUCUGUGCUUGAUUUAUGGAAAUUUAGUUCCUGAUGGAGGGCAAGGACCAAAACAAUUAGAUCAAGAAAUCCCUAGUGAUGGCAAGGUUUUUAAAGGUGCCAGAACUAGCAAUAGCUAUCACUGGAGAUCUGACUGGACACCACAAACGGACAGACGCUUUAUUGAUCUAAUGUUAUAUCAUGUUCGCAAUGGAAAUAUGGUUGAUCAAAAUUUUAACAAACAAGCUUGGGAUGAUAUGGUUUCCAAGUUCAAUGCAGAGUUUGGGCCUCAGCAUGAUGAAGAUGUAUUAAAAAGUAGGUUUUUUAAUCUUAGGAAAAGAUUCCAUGAUAUGAAAUUCCUACUUGAUCAGGAUGGUUUUGUGUGGGAUGAAUUACAACAGAUGAUAAUUGCGGAAGAUGACCUCUGGGACACAUACAUUGAGGAAUAUCCAGAUGCAAGAUCGUAUAAAAGCAGGGCUCUUCCAAAUUUUAAUGAUUUGUUCUUGAUAUUUGGAAACGACAAUGCUUCAAAUCACCAACAUUAUUUAUUUAACUCUGUGGAUGCUGAUGACAGUUACCCGGAAGUAAAUAUUGUAAAUGAAGCGGAGGAGCAAUUCUUUUCUGAUAAUAGUGAUCAGACAAUAAUUGAAUGGACGAACGAGAUGGAUGAUUAUUAUGUUGACCUUAUGCUCGAGCAAGUCCGUAGGGGGAACAAGACUGGAUCUACAUUCACAGAUCAUGCUUGGGCUUGGAUGGUUGCCUCAUUUAACAAGACAUUUGAACUUACUUGUGACAGAGAUCUCCUUCAAAGUCGAUUCUUUACCUUGAAGAAAGAAUAUAAAGAUGCUCAACAUAUGGUUGAUCAGAAAAAUGUGGCAUGUGGUGGAAUUCACCAAUCUAUGGCGACCAAUAAUGAAAUCUUUGAAACUCACAUUAAGGAGCUUGCAAAUGAUAAUGUAGGCAGAGGCAGAAGCUUUGAUAGGUAUGAAGAUUUGUGCUUGAUAUAUGAUGACAAGUUUCGAGAUGAAAGACUAGGUAGUUUCGGUAUGAAUGUAAAGGUUGAAGACGGUAAUAGGAAAAUUUGUAGAAGUGAUUCGUUUGCAGAAUAUAAACCUCAUGGAAGGGAAUGUGAAGUAUCUUAUCAGAGAAAGAGGUUAGAAUCUGCCACUCCAUCAACUUUUGUUGGCAACAAAAAGGUUAAGAGAAUCAAGGAAGAAAUACAGGAAAUAGUCAGUAAUAAAGCAAGUUUGGUGAAAAAUGUGGUAAAUGCUGUAGAUUACUCAAUAGAAAAUGUUGUUUCUGCACUCCAGUGUGUGCCAGACAUGGAUGAUGAGUUAUUUCUGGAAGCUUGUAAACUUUUAGAAGAUGAGAGGAAGGCCAAGGUGUUUGUUGCCAUGGAUGUCAUGACACGAAAGAAGUGGUUAUCAAAAAAACUUCGCCGAUAGUGGCUUUUUGGUAAGCCCCCAAAUUAAAAAUUUUUCAUUGUAAUCUAGAUUAUAUAGAAAUGUAGAUUUAACUCUUCUCAAUGUAAGGUUUUGCCUAUUUGCUAUAGAUGUCUUGACUGGAAAUAUCUUUGUUAUGUGU